AUGGAUAGUGUAAAUAGAAGAAUUUCGAAUAUCGAACAACAUUUGUCGGUUAAUAGUUGUUCGGAUGCUGUACAGACCUCGGGAACAUUGGAACCGGUCAGACCGUUCAAUCCCGACAAGCUGUUUGAGUAUCUGUUUCCACACCACUUGGAGAUGCGUCGCCAGUUGAUUGCAGAGUUUGAGGCACCAGAGAAUGAGUUGAUGCAACGUGCACCAUUCGGUUUGUCAUAUACACAGGAGCGUGACCUCACCAUGGAGCAAACCAAACGUCUGAUAGAGAUUGCCAAGCGCUAUGUAAAGGUGAUCGACUUUGUUCGCGAUCCAACUAAAAUUGCCGCAUGGACACAGUCCUAUCGUAUGCGUAACAUCGCCACAACCACUCUGUUCGGUGUGCACUUCUCGCUGUUUGGAGCAACGAUUCUGCAGCUCGGUACCGACGAACAGCGUGAAAAGUACUUGAAACACGUCGAGGACUUCUCAAUGCCAGGCUGUUUCGCGCUCACCGAACUCGGCCACGGUUCCAACGUACAGCAAAUCGAGACACUCGCCGUCUACGACCACUCCACCGAGGAGUUCAUCAUCAAUUCACCAACCAUCACCAGUCAGAAAUACUUUAUUGGUGGCGCCGCCAAGAAUGCGCGUUGGACCGUCGCUUUUGCCCAGUUAAAGGUUGGCGAGAAAUAUGAGGGAGUGCACGCCUUCCUCAUGAGAAUCAGAAACGAAGACGGAUCUGUCUGCAAUGGUGUCAAGAUUGCCGAUUGUGGUGUCAAGAUGGCGUUGAACGGUGUCGACAACGGUCGUCUCAUGUUCACCAACUACCGAGUUCCACGUGACCAACUGCUCUCCCGUUUCGGUGGUGUCAACAAAGCCGGUAUCUACAGCUCGCCAAUCAACCCAGCAAUCAAGCGUUUCGCACACAACAUCGGAGCACUCGUCAUCGGUCGUUAUAUCAUCUCGAUUGGAUGUAUCAGUUUCUCAGCGGUUGGACUUCAGACAGCGAUCAACUACGCAUUCACAAGACGUCAGUUUGGUGAGGACAACAACGAGCGUCAACUCAUUACCUACGCCGUCCACCAACGUCGUCUCCUCCCACACUUGGCAUUCAACUACGGUAUCCACUUUGCCAACGAUUAUCUACUGCGUCUGCUCGCAGAGAAAGAGAAUAGAAAGGAUAAGGAAAUCCAUGUUUAUGCAUCGGCGCUAAAGGCAUACUCGUCGUGGCACAACAGAAACUGCUUGCAAGAUUGUCGUGAGGCGUGCGGUGGACAAGGUUUCUUGGCUGACAACCUGAUCGGUCCAUUCAAGUCAGAGACCGAUAUCUAUACAACAUUCGAAGGUGACAAUGUUCUGAUGUAUCAACAGGUCGCCAAAUAUAUUCUCACAGAGGCACGUCGUAAGCCACCACCCGAAUACAACCCACCCUCAGAUGCAUUCCGCGCCAAGACCGACUCGAAACACUUAAGAUCCUUCGAUUUCCUCUUACAAGCAAUGACAGCACGUCUCAACCAAUACGUUGUACUCGUUGCCAACAAGCUGAUGGAGGCAGUCGGAUCCGGUAAGCCAGUGAUGGACGCUUGGAACGACUGUGGUAGUUAUAUUCUGAAUCUCGGUAUCGUAUUCACCGAUAAAUUCAUUUUGGAGCGUUUCAUCGAGGGAGUCAGUAAGUGUCCCGAUGACAACCAACGCAAGGCAAUGUCAUUGCUACUCAGCCUCAUGGGAUUGUUUAUCAUCAACAGAGACACAUGGUUCAUCAAGUAUCAAUUUAUUUCAGUCGAUCAAUCAGAUGCCAUCGAAAACGAAAUCUCUGAUCUUUGUAAAGAAAUUGCACCAAUCUCUAUAGCACUCGCCGAAGGUUUUGGAUUCUCAACAAAGACAAUGGGUCCAAUCGGUAGAGAUUGGAUUGCUGAAAAUAGAUAUUGA